AUGGCCACCUCUGAUGCAGCAUGUGCCCGCUGUCGAGAGCGCAAAAUCCGCUGUGGACGUGAAAAGAAUGGAUGCGCCAAUUGUGAGCGAGAUGGGGUGGAAUGCGACUACUCCACCCCAGGGAAACGGGUCAACCACGUCAAGGUAUUAUGCAAUAGCGUCUCGCAAAUGCAGAACCAGUUGAGCGUCAUUGAACACGGGAUGGCUCAUAUCCUUUCGACGGCCAAGUCGCAUCACCAUUCAAAUUCGCAUUCAAAUUCAUAUCCACAGGCAUCUCCAGGGAAUGCGCUGGCGGGAGAUGUCCCAUGCACGGUGAGGCAUCCCAAGCAGACUGAAGAUGACAAGGCGGAGGGGGACAGUUCCCAUGAUUUCAUCACUCCCACCCAUCUCUAUCACAAUGAUCGGUAUGAUGGACCGGGAACACUGUUGGCCCUCUGUGAUCGUUUCCGACGGACCCUUCUCGAGUCAAAUGGGGAUACGACCAACCAUCCCGUGCAAGAAGGCAUGGAGCAACACCUCAACCUCCUGUGCUCAGAAGCGGGGAGUGAAGAGUCCAUGUCAGCCGCAAGACUAACCCAGAUGACGGCUAUGCAACUACCACCAAAGCAGCUGUUUAUGGUCGUCCAGUCACAGUUCUUUCAGCACUGCCACUAUGCCACCAAUAUCUUUGUCCCAUCGCGAUUCCGGACGAAAGUCGAAGAGCUCUAUGCACGGCCUCUGAUGGCCGGCGACGAGGCUUGGACCAUUUGUCUUCAUGCGCUCACCCUCCUGGUGCUCGGCCCGGAAGCAACGGUGAUGUCGCAGGAGCUCUGUCCAGGUCCCUCGGGCCUACUUGCUGUGCAUGCUGCGGUGGCGGAUCCUGGAAUAUUGAUGGCUCCUCAAUUGAUAAACGUGCAGACCUUGACCCUGCUGGGGAAUCUCGCCCAACAGUACUAUCCAUUGCAUCUGGCCGAAACCAUCCAUGCGCUGGUUUGUAUGCUAGCAAGGACGAUGGGCCUCCAUCGACUCCCCAGUCGCGAGCAAGUGGGCCUCUCCGCCGAAGAUGUUCAGGAGCGAGUCCAGCUGUUCCGCUGUCUUUACAUGCAGGACAUUGGAUUUGGCCUGACGAGAGGCUCAACCUGCUGGCUCCAUUCGCUGGACUGUGUCCCUCGGUGUGAACUGACGGAGGCUGCGAAAGCCGACCCUCGCAUCCAACUGACACUGAUCCAGGAUACCUUUCUCCAAGCUCUUUAUGAGAAGAAUUCAUCCAAGUCAGAGCUCCAGCGGUUGGUGCCGCAGAGCCUUGAGCGUUUGGAACAGUGGGCUAUAGACCACCACAUCUUCACCGCCGCUGUUCUUGGUGAUUUCACCUCCGUGGAUCUCCUCCAGGGCUUCUUGGCAACCCGCAUUGCCGUCCUCUCCCACUGUUUUAGCUCAAAAUACCUCGCAGAUGCUAUUGUGGACGCUAGGGUGGCGUGCGGAAUCCUGCUCCUGGUUUGCGCAGCCUGCACUCCAUGCACUGCUGAGAAGUUGGCUCCUACUGAUACAUAUCCCGUCGUCGGCGCCGAAUCCAACGACAGCAGUGCCACGCUCUAUUCGCAGAUGGGCUUGACAAAGUUCACUGAUCUUCCGUUUCUUGCCACCCAGCUAGUGGAGCAAUUUCCCAUCGCGGUCUUCUUUCUGUUGGCCACCGGACUGGCCAACAUGCGUGCACUCUCCCGCGACACAGAUCUCGAGCUUUUGCACAGAGUUUCUCUCCUCUUCUCUGAUUUGGGUGCCAGGAGACCUGCCAACAAUCAUAUCCACAAGAUGGGUCGCGUGUUCCGGCUUGUGCUCGACGCCGUCCGCCAGCGGUGCCCCUUAGAUCACGACACCGAGAUCCUCUUCCCCAACAGCGGCCAAGAUUCGUCGAGCCAUAGCAGCAUUGCAAGCACGCAAGGGCCGCCUACACCUGAAUUGAGUGCGUACCCCUGGGAACCCAGCACUACUCUUUAUAGUGCUCCAGAUGGAAUUCUCCCACACCAGCUUCUUCUGCCGUCCCACGUUGGAGCCAAUGCUGCGACGGAUGCAACGAUGACAACAGCGACUUCCCUCUCGCAGUUCCCUAACAUGCGGGACCUUCAGCCAGGAGGAACCGUGCCGGUACACGAUGCGCUCCAACAGCUGGCAUGGAUGCAGGUCCCGGAUGCUCUGCGAGACAGUUUCUGGCGGCAACAAAGUACGUUGUCCAACCCGGGAAACUACUACCAUAAUCUGCAGGGGGACCUUGGAGCGAGAGUACUGCUCCCAGAACAAGUGAAUCCAGUUCCAGACGUGGAUCUCGACUUUUGCUUACCGGACAUAGACCCCAACAGAGAGCCCGUUUGA